AUGUUAUUUAUUAAUUUUAACGAAAGUGAUAUAAAAAAUAUUGGUUCAAAUUCAACAAUUUUAUCAAACCAUUCAAAUUGUAAUAUAUUCCCAAAUGAUGAAAAUUAUUUAAACAAUAUUAAAAAUAAUGAAAGAAGUAAUAUAGAUCAAACCAUCCUUUGUCUAACUUCAAAAUUUCAAAAUUUAAAUUAUCAAUAA